CGUGUUUGGAUUUAAAGUCUUUUUGUUUUGAUUUGAAUUAUUUUGAUUAAUUUGGUUUUUUAAUUGUUUUGCUUUUGUUUUUUUCGUUUAAAGUGAUUAAUUUAAUUUUGGUGAUACUUUGGUGGAACUAUUGGUUAACAUGGAAGAAGAAGACGGGAUGGAUGAUCGAUUUAAAAAAGUGUUAACUGAUCCUCGGUUUAAACGGUUACCAAGUCGAAAGAAAAAAAUUAAAAUUGAUUCUCGUUUUGAGGGGAUGUUUGAUAAGCGAUUUAAUGGUGAACCAUUGAUUGAUAAAAGAGGACGAAAGGUUCAAAAUACCAAGAAUGAUGGAUUAAAAAGAUUCUAUGAGUUAACUGAGGAUGGAGAGAAACCUGGUGUUAGUGAUAUUGGUCGGAAAUUACGUGGUGAGGGUAAUGAUGAAGAUUCAAGUUCUAGCGAUGAAAGUUCAAGUGAAGAAGAGGAAGAAGAAGAUGAAACUGAACAAGCUGGUCAAGUGGAAUCAGAGGUUCCAAGGACUGAGGAAAUAACCUGUCGAUUUGCGAUUACCAAUGUUGAUUGGGAUCGGUUGAAAGCCGUUGAUCUUUUUGUACUUUUAAAUUCAUUUAAACCAAAUGAAGGUGAAAUUGUUAGUGUUAAAAUUUAUCCCUCACAAUUUGGCAAGGAAAGAAUGGAAAAAGAAAAGCUUGAAGGACCAAAAGAAUUGACCGAUAUUAAAUUAGACGAUGAAGAGGAAGAUCCAUACUCAUCAAAUGUUCAAGAUGCCGAUGAAAUAAUUAACCUUGAUGCUCCUUUUGUAUCAGAAAAAUUGAGACAAUAUCAAAUUAAUCGAUUGAAAUAUUUUUACGCUGUUGUUGAAUGUGACAAACCGGAAACAGCGGCAACUUUAUAUGACCAAUUGGACGGAAUGGAAUAUGAAAGUAGUGCAUCAACACUUGAUUGUCGAUUUAUUCCCGAUGAUAUGUCAUUCGAUGAAGAUGAACCCGAUUCCAUUUGUAAUGAGAUGCCUUCUCUCAUUGAUUAUAUUCCGCCAAAUUUUAUCACAACCGCUUUACAACAAACUAAGGUCAAUCUAACCUGGGAUGAGACUGACCCUAAGCGAGCUAAAACUUUACAAAAAGCAUUCACUGAACGAGAUAAAAUCUCUGAUGAUUUAGCUUGUUAUCUUGCCUCAUCAUCAUCAGAGGAAGAAGAAGAAGAAGAAGAUGAUAAUGAUGAUAAUUAUGGUUCUAAUCAAAAUGCAUCUGAUGAUGAGGAUGAAACUGUUUCCCUUCAGGGUAAAAGUGUCCAAGAUCGUAUUAGUAAAUAUAAAGAUCUGUUGAAAAGCGUUGAAGAGGAAGAAGCUGCUGAAGAUGAUGGAGACAUCGACAUGGAGAUAAAAUGGGAACCUGAAUUGGAAAAUAUCGGAAAGAAAAUUGCAGAGAAAAAACAGAAAGAAUCAAUGACCGUUUUCGAAAAGCAAAUGGCCGAAAGAAAAGUUAAAAGAAAAGAGAAUUCGAUUAAAACGAAAACUUGUAAAAAUGAAAUUGACGAUUCAGAGAAUGAACCAGACGAAGACAUGGAAAAUAGUGAAGAAAAUAAUGAAGAUUAUGAAUCCGAAAAUGAUGACAAUCAAGAUGAAGAAUCUGAACAAUCCGAUGAAAACAAUGAAUCAGAUGAAGAUAAUUCUGAUGAUAAAGAUGAACAAGGAGCUGAUGAUUUAGCUCUAUUGGUGAUGGACAAUGAGAAAAAGGAUAAGAAACAUUUUAAUUACGAAAAUUUCGUUGAGAACAAAAAAUCGAGAAGAAAAAUGAAGAAAAAAGAUAAACCCCAACAAGAAGAAGAUAAUUUCGAGUUCGAUGAGGAUGAUCCACGUUUCAAAGCAAUUUACAAUUCUCAUUUGUAUAAUAUUGAUCAAUCAAGUUCACAUUUCAAGAAAACUCAAGCAUAUGAUAAGAUAUUGAAACGAAAAGCAUCAAAAGAUCCUGAUCAAAAGUAUCAUGUAAAAAGAUCAAAGUGAAAAAUAUAUUUUAUUAAUCAUCACAAAAUCGAUAACUGAAUCAAUUAAAUUAUCAGGAAGGAAAUUUUUUCUCUAUUGGAAAAUUGUAAACAAAUGAAGUUGUUUUUUUUGCUCUCAGAACCAAAAGUAAAACAACAAAAUUGAUUGUUCUUUACUUCAUUUUAUAUAAAUGUAA